GCUGCGUGAACUUCAUGGUGUUCCGCCAUUACAAUACAGUAAGCGGUUGGCUGCAAAUGCCCAAUCCUACGCCGAAUACCUAGCGAAGUACGAUUUGUUCGAUCAUAGUGAAUGCAAAAAUUACGGCGAAAAUCUUAUCGUCCGCACUGGUCCACCCGACCUUCCGUUAACAGGUGUCGAAGUCUCUCUGCAGGAAGGCGUUCCAUUGGGCGCCCGAAUGAUCCUAAAGUCAGCCAGGAUGACGUAUGUGGCCCCAAGCACGGAGAAAGUUGGCUUUGGCGUGGCACGGAGUAAAGACAAAAAGUCAGUUUAUAUUGUCGCACAUUAUUUUCCUCCUGGAAAUUAUGAAAAGGACUACAAGAAAAAUGUCCUACCACCAGAAGGUGGACGAUUGUUUAAACCUACAAACAAAGACCUUGGUAAGUUUACAGAGGUUUAUUUACUCUCAAAUGCAACUCUUUAG